UGGCUUCCUUUCCCCGGGGGAAGAUGUGCCAGCCAGGGGAGGAGGUGGGCCACCUCCCGAGGAAGACCUCAGUGCCAGAGCUGCCCUAGUCAUCACCCGAUGGAAGAUUCCAUCCCUGUGUGGAACAUCUAAACAACUUUUAUUAGUGGAAACAUUAUUUUGCUACAAAAUGAAUUCAGCAUCUUAAUUGAAACCAGCAUCUAUGUGGUUCUGAUUCAUCUGCUAUGGUUUAUGAAGCUUCAGAUCUAAGGAGUACAGGGUCUUUUGCGAUGACAAUAUGACUAAUAGUAAAGGAAGAUCUGUUACUAAUAAAACAAGUGGUGGUCCAAGCAGUGGAGGAGGUUUCGUAGACUGGACUUUAAGCUUACAUACAGUUCAGUCCGAUAAGUUUUUAAACUUACUGUUGAGUAUGGUUCCAGUAAUUUACCAGAAAAACCCAGAAGACAGGCACAAAAAAGCGAACGGCAUUUGGCAAGAGGGGUUAUCAGCUGUGGCACAGACGUUUGGUACCAGAUCUGAGCCACACGUGGAGUAUCACAGAGUCCCGGAGCCGUCUUUCCAUGGCAAUAACGGGCACACGCCAUCCAGCUAUAGCCCAAAGUACGACGACUAUGCCAACUACAAUUACUGUGACGGAGGGGAGACCUCCGAAACGACCGCCAUGCUGCAAGCCGAGGAAAGGCCCAGUGACGGCGAGGAAGAUGUCAUCGUGGAAGCAAACCAAAAGCUGCCGAAGGAAUCCAGCGGCGUCAUGGCCCUGCAGAUCCUCGUGCCAUUUCUGCUAGCUGGCUUUGGAACCGUCUCUGCCGGCAUGGUUCUGGAUAUAGUCCAGCACUGGGAGGUGUUCAAAAAAGUAACGGAAGUUUUCAUUUUAGUUCCUGCACUACUUGGUCUCAAAGGGAACUUGGAAAUGACAUUGGCAUCUAGAUUGUCCACUGCAGUAAGUUUUUUCCUGCCUCAGA